AUGUAAUUUGCAUGGGUAAACAAAACUCAUCCCCCGUGUAACACAUUUAGAAAAAAAUAAUUGCGUCAUACUGGAGGACAUAUGUUCUGAGCAGGGCAAACGGUGAUGAGCAGGGCUAACGGCCAGACCACACAGGGGCUGGAGCAGCACCGGUUCAGUUGACUCUAACUUGGUACACUCUUAUGAAUCUGAAUUCUUGUUUUUUUUAUUCAAAUUUAAAUAAUUUUGCUUCUCUGCAUGAUAUUGUUGAUCUUUUUUUUUUUUUUAUCCUUUGUAACAUUGUUGUUCAAUAACUUUUGUGAUUACAGCUGUAAUGCCGGAUGCUGGAUAUUUUAGGGCUAAUGUAAGUGCUGGUCUGCAGUAUCAAGCACAACAAGAAUUUAUUUUGUUCACCACUUUAUCUCUGGGGUUGAGCUGUAAUUUCCUCUGCUUGAACUGUGUUCUCCUGUACACCUUGAGGAGCAAGCCAGUUUUUUGUGAGACGCCCCGUUACAUACUGUUGUAUAACUUGCUCUUUUCAGAUACUGCUCAUGUUGCAUUAAGUUUGAUAAUGUACAUACUGGCUGUAAGUAGACUUAAGCUAACAAUGUACGUUUGUGGUUUCGUAACAAUGCUCUCUACUUUGGUCCAAGCCGUCUCUCCUCUUACUCUGGCAGUGAUGUCCAUUGAGAGAUAUGUGGCUGUGUGCUUUCCUCUGAGACAUGCAGACCUCGUCUCCGUCAGAAACACCAGAGCAGCCAUUGCUGCUGUGUGGACGGUCUGUUCUCUCAAUAUCGUCAUACGGGUGUUCAUACUUGUUGUUUGGCGACCUGACUAUGCAUAUAAUGAGAAAAUGAAGGACUUCUGCUCAAAAGAGGCACUGUUUCUGACACCCAUGUCUAGACGUGUAGAUGAAGCAUAUUCCGGUUCUGUGUUUUCAUUUGGGGGACUUGCCAUUUUAUUUUCUUAUGUUGGUGUGACACUGGUUGCCAGGUCAGCCUCAUCAGACAAAGCUUCUGCCAGCAAGGCAAGAAAAACUGUUUUACUUCAUUUCUUUCAGUUGGUCCUGAUACUAACAUUCACCUUCAGUUCUAUGAUUAUAACAGCCAUUGCAAGAAAGGUGGACAGAAUAACUUUGGUGCGUUUGUACAAUAUAAUCUUUGUGUGUUUGAAUAUAUUUCCCAGGUGUCUCAGUGCUCUCAUUUAUGGCCUCAGGGACCAAACCAUCAGACCAGCCCUCCUGAACAACAUCUGCUGUCAGAUAAGAUGCUUGGUCGGCCCCCUCAAGUCAAAGGUCCGAAAAAUAACCUAGGAUAGCCGAUUAGGAUGGCACAUCUCUUAUGACUUCUGCACUAAAAAUUAUGCUUUGGUUAGAACCAUCUUAGUGGGACUAUUAUAAGAUAAACCAUAUAAAUGGUCCCCCAGUGGAAGAACUUUUUUGGAAAAUAAUGAUUUAACGAAAAGGGAAAAUGUAUAAAAAUUGUUGCUUUUGCUCUGAUUUAGUGAUUUAUUUGUAAAGAAUUUAACUAUUUUCAACCGGCUAAAUGAUGACUGAUUCACCAUCUCCACUUUUUAGAAAUCCACAUUUCUAAAAAAGUAUCUUGCUCUAGUUGUUGCCAUCGUUAUGAACACCCUAGCUGAAGGGAAACACACACAGCAACUGUAUUUGAAAUAAUGUAGAAAUGAUUACCUUAACAUUCACCAACACACCAACUAUUACAGUAAAAGUUGAUGACUGCAUUGUAAAUACAUAACACAAAUCUUGAUAUUAAGGUAAACUUUUCUGUGACCAUGAUAACCAAAUCGACAAAUAUAAACUUUGGUAUUGCUUUAAAAAAUAA